ACGAGUCUGUGUUUGCUUCUGUUGCUCACUACAGGAGUCCGGUUUAUGGAAAAAGCCUAAAGCUUGUCCAUGGCAGUGCAGUUGAGAGGAGCAGGGUAUGCGCUCACAGCCACAGCCGUUCAUGAUGCGCUCGCGCUGCUGAGAGCUUCAGGCCGGUAGACAGCAGGACAGAGGCACGAGCUCACGCGCUUUCGGCUUUCAGAGCACAGAUGGAGGCGUCAGCUGACGGGGCGAGCAGUGUGGCUGAGGCCGAGGACGGCAGCCCGUUAUCCGAAGACGAACCGGUGUCUGGGCUCGGUGACAGCCAGGAGAUGGAUGCAGGUGAUCCUGAUGCUACCAAAAAGGCUUUCAUCACAGAGAUGGCAUCAUCUUCAGGCCAGCCAGGCCUCGGGAAAAAGAUCGGACACAGAGGAGUGGACGCUUCUGGAGAAACGACGUACAAGAAGACUACAUCAUCAGCACUAAAAGGAGCCAUCCAGCUUGGCAUCGGCUACACGGUGGGAAAUCUGAGCUCCAAGCCCGAGAGGGACGUGCUCAUGCAGGACUUCUACGUAGUGGAGAGCAUUUUCUUCCCCAGCGAGGGGAGCAACCUGACACCAGCCCACCACUUUCCAGACUUCCGCUUCAAGACAUAUGCUCCUGUGGCUUUUCGUUAUUUCAGGGAGCUGUUUGGGAUUCGUCCUGAUGACUAUCUGUACUCUCUAUGUAACGAGCCUCUGAUUGAGUUAUCGAACCCAGGAGCCAGCGGUUCUGUGUUCUAUGUUACCAAGGAUGACGAGUUCAUCAUUAAAACCGUCAUGCACAAGGAGGCGGAGUUCCUACAGAAGCUUCUCCCUGGAUAUUACAUGAACCUUAACCAGAACCCUCGGACAUUACUGCCCAAGUUUUUCGGGUUGUACUGUGUGCAGUCCGGAGGAAAGAACAUCCGGGUGGUGGUAAUGAACAACAUCCUGCCCAGGGUGGUACAUAUGCACCUUAAAUACGACCUCAAGGGCUCCACAUACAAGCGCCGGGCCUCCAAAAAAGAGCGAGAGAAGGCAAAGCCAACAUUUAAAGACCUCGACUUCAUGCAGGACAUUCCUGAGGGCCUGAUGCUGGACACUGACACUUACAGCGCCCUGGUAAAGACACUUCAGAGAGACUGCUUGGUGUUGGAGAGUUUUAAGAUCAUGGAUUACAGCUUAUUGCUGGGGCUACAUAACCUGGACCAAGCUGAGAGGGAGCAGAACACUGAGGGCUCUCAAAGCAGCAGCGAUGGGAAGAGACCACCAGCUCAAAAAGCCCUCUACUCCACUGCCAUGGAGUCCAUCCAGGGAGCCUCAGCCUGCGGAGAGGACAUCGACACAGAGGACACGAUGGGAGGCAUCCCAGCAGUGAACAGUAAAGGAGAGCGUCUGUUACUGUACAUCGGCAUCAUUGACAUCCUGCAGUCUUACAGGUUAAUAAAGAAAUUAGAACACACAUGGAAAGCUCUUGUUCAUGACGGGGACACAGUUUCUGUUCACCGGCCUUCUUUCUAUGCAGACAGAUUCUUCAGAUUUAUGAGCAGCACUGUAUUUCGGAAGAGCACUUCCUUGAAAUCCUCUCCCUCAAAACGUGGUCGUGGAGGCCUGGCUGUGUCAAGAUACUCAGGGCCUGGCGCUGCAUGGUCCAUCAGCCAGCUUCCCUCUGAGAGAGACGACAGCAUUUUCGACCUCCGAGGUGCCCACAGCUUCCCCACACUGGAGGACGAAGGUCGCUCAGACGUGCUUCCCUGCACACCUCCAUCAUUUGAGGAUGCCACCACAGCCUCCAUCGCCACCACACUCUCCUCCACCACCUCUCUCUCCAUUCCCGAGCGCUCCCCAUCUGACACUUCUGAGCACCCCCGCUACAGGAGACACACCCAGUCUAGCCAAGAUGGACCGACUCAGGAGGAAGAUCAGCAGACCAUCACAGUAGAGGUGGAGUUGAAGAGACAAGACAGUGAGCCCACGCUCUUAGCACCACAACCUUCUCCAGUGACAAGUGAAGAACCAGAGCUCCAUGCUGAAGCUUCCUGUUCCACAGUUCCUGCGGGUCCUAAAAUAGUGGUGGACUUGGACUGCGCUAGUCAAGCCUCUGGUUGCCACAGCCACUCUUCUGUAGACGAGGAUGAUGAUGUGCCAAUCACUGAUAUCUACUUCCAGUGAGUGUGACUACUCCGGAGAUUGUUCAAGCUUGACGUGGCUUCCAGCUCAACUGACCAAACUUCCUCCCACCUUUUUAAGUGACUGGUGUCUUCGAUCCUCGUCUUAUCCAGAUCCAAAAUCACAUGCGGGCUGCAGUGUGAAGCGUUGUGCUGAAACUACACUAGCGUCAUUCUCCUGUCGUUCUCCCGUCAUUCUGUCUACUAACAGCGCCACGUCAACCAGUAAUAACUGCGUGCUUUGAGAUAACAUUCCUGUAAUUCAUACAAUGUUUUUUAUUUUGUUUUUUACUUUUCUAUGUGUGUGAUUCUCUGAGUGUGAUACUGUGAACAUGCUUUUCAUAUGUAUAGAGAAAAUGUUUGGUGUGUAAUGAGAGUUUGGAGGGAGCUUGCACUCGCUUGAUUGAAACUAUACUUAAAGAAUCUAUAUUCUGUAUCAUUUAUAUUCGACAGUUAAUUUCACUUAGAUAUACAAGUAGCAACUUGUAAUGUUAUAUUGUCAGCUAUAUCGGGGUGGACAAAUGUUAAAUUUAUUGGCCAACCCACCAGGCCCGUGUUCUUACCCAAUCCAAUGCUUUGGUUGCCCGGAAACCUAAUUAACCAGGCUAAAAAGUGCUAUCUAAGGCUAUGUCCACAUUAAUACAUUUUUAGUAUUUGGUGUCACUUUUGCUCUGUUUACACCUUUAUUUAUUUGGUCACAUGCACACUUCAAGCACAGUGAAAUUCAUCCUCUGCAUUUAACCCAUCUGAAGCAGUGAACACGCGCGCGCACACACUCAGAGCAGUGGGCAGCCACACCAGAGCGCCUGGGGAGCAGUCAGGGGUCAGGUACCUUGCUCAAGGGCACCUCAGCCCAAGGCCGCCCCACGUCAGCCUAACUAACUAACCUACACCUGGCAUCUAUACUACUCUGGAGUUUCUGAGCACCUAAAACUGUGACUUUUGGAAACUCCAAGAUUGUGUUUGCGUCUGGACAAGCAGAAACAGAGACUUUUGGAAAACGAUAACGCACACACCCACGUUUGCAUUCUGACUGGGUUUUGUCACAGCGUAUCCUUCCCUGAUUCUUCACACUCCUAUCAGGUGACCCUUCUGCUUCCACUUUAUACCGGCACGCACAUGUCCAGUGUAUAUGAAUGGUCAUGCAAAAUGCAUUUUCAGACAUGUUAGUAUGUAUGGAGAUUAUUUCUGAUACAAGCUAAAGCGCUCAUCUGGACGGAGAUCUUUUUCUUUUUAAAACACUGUUUUAAGGCUAAAACGUAUUAAUGUGGAUGUAGCCUAACAUAAUGUAGUAACAUAUGGCCAUAAAAGAAUCAAAUGAGUAAAUGAAUUCCCAAGAAGGGGACACCUGCAUGAUAAUGUGCUUAUCCUUUCCUUAUAACAUUUCUAACGAAGCACGUUGUGUUUCCAAACGUGGCAAAAAAAAAAAAAAAGUCACCAAGUUAUUGGUGAAUUUCAGUUAUAAGCUGUGGUGUUUCCUUCUCACAUCACAAUUAAGAAUAUGAUUUAAACCUGGCUAGCAUCUUUAUUUCCUUUCACCAUAUUUAACCGAGAGGUGACUGUGUGUUGUGCUAACAGGAGAGUUGUAUGACAGCAAUGCACUUUAUUUUGCUCAGUUGCACCGAUGUGUUUCUGAUUCUUUACAAAAAAACUGUCAUGUGUGCACACUAAUUAGUUUACCUCGUAAAAAUCUUCCUACCAACGCCUUGGCUGAUGUGUACUGCAGAUGGUGGAAUUUGGAAGCAUCGCACCUCCAUGAAGCACAUUAGGUUUAAACAGAAACACCAAAUGAAAAUGUUUGUUUUGGCGUAGUUAACAGGAAGUUAAAAUUAGUUCCUUAAUCUGGAUGAUGAACCUACUUGUCCAUCUGGCAACAAUGAAUAAGUGGCUCUCCUGGGCACCAAGUUUACUCUUUUGUGCACCUCUGCAUAGACACUGUUAACUUCAAAUCAUACAGUUUCAUGCAUAACGUUGGGCAAACAUCAUUCAGGACAACAAUAUCGUGACCCAAGGGAUGAACAGACCAUUGCUUUAAUCCCUUCAGUUCAGUGCUUGAGUUAACAUGCCUUUAUAACUCCGCAAUGCAAAUAAUCAUCACAUAUGAUAGGAACAUAAAAAACAAACUUCAGUACGUGCCAACAAAACAGCAAAGAGCAAUGAGACAAAUUUGUUCUCAAAAGCAAUAUCCCCGUGUCCUUUAUUUCCUCAACCUCUAUUUACCACAUCUGUAAUACAUAGGCAGUUGGUCAUGACAAGAAUGUUGACAUUUCCUUAUACAGAGAAAAGAACAGAAGUCUAGAGGCAGAUGAAUAAUUCUGUUAAAAAAAACAACAUUCAGAUUACACACAACUGUCUAAGGUGAACUAACAACUCUGAUCAUUACUCUGUAAUGUUAAAUGUCUUCUAAAUGAUACAGAGGCGAGACCAAAAGCUUUUUGAAUGUCAAUUUAUCCAGUUUUACAGCAGUAGAGCAGUACAGCUUAAAUAAAAGCAAUUCCAGUUACUUACACUUUCUUUAGGGUUUUGUGAAGCAGCAACAUAAAUCCUUGUGAAAAAGUAGUCCUGGCUUUCUUUCACAAGAAUAAAUUAUACUGAUUUAGAGCUUAAUUUAAAGAUACAUUUGACUAAAAAAAUUCAAGAAAGUCCUUUAUACAGUG